AUGACCUUAUCCCCCUCACGAUCACUGGCUUGUCGCGCCGAGGGGGCCAGAGUUCAGGAGUUUGCGCAAGCGAACUCCUGUUCCGCUAAAGUGAUCCAAACCCAGGAAGUGGUGGAGGAUCCGGUGCUUUGGCUAGCCGACACGAACUCGAACGCAGCCGACGAUCGGCUAAAAUCUUACGCCGAUGCUCUAAGACUACACUGGCCACUAACAACCAGGGAGCUAGAUACUUAUAAGUAUCAGCUUCGCCUGAGCUAUGCCCAGAAAUGGGCUGAGCAAAAAUGGCAAGGCCAGGGGGUCGAGGAGUUCGCACAAGAUCCCGUCGGCAACUCAUGGCUGCAGCGCUAUGAUCUUCUGCCCGCGUCAAGGUACAUCGAUGCUAUCAAGCUACGAACAAACACGUACCCGACGCGAGCACUAAUGAAGAUCAUAGAUGGACGUGUUGAUAGCUCUUGCCGAAAGUGCCAAGGCAGUAGCGAGACCCUUGGUCAUAUACUUGGCAGAUGCCGGUAUACUAAGGAUAAGCGAAUAAGCCGGCACAAUGAAAUCAAAGACCUCCUCAAGGCUCGUCUAGCCAAAAACCAUCAGGUUAUGGACGAGCCGCAGAUAACGGUCCGAGGCCAGAGCGGAAGAGAGUCCCGCCACCGAGCAACGAGUGCUGCGGCGCCCGAAUGA